AUGGGAACUCCAAAAGACAAGGUGAAACUCAAUGUUGGCGGAAAAAUGUUUGAAACUACGGCCACCACCUUAGCGGGUGCUGGAAGGAAUUCAUUGUUUGGAGCCAUGUUUGAUGAGAACUGGAACCUGCAUUCCGAUGGGGAGAUAACUGAACAUUUCAUCGAUAGAAAUCCCGAACAUUUUGGUGUCCUUUUGGACUUACUCAGAACUGGGGAGCUUGAUAUUCCUCCCAAGAUAGAUAAAAAGCUCCUAUACAGAGAGGCCAAAUAUUAUGGCAUUCUUGAUCAUGUCAGGUCAGCUAAAUGGGGUCUGUUUGAUGGAAAUAGGGCCCGGUUGGCACAGUCCAUAACGGGGUGGUCAGCAAGUGAUGGAGAGGUUGCACAGACUAUUCGAGCUAGCCCGAGUGGAUGGUGCUGUGUGACUCAGGGUAGUGUUGUUCGUGUGUACGACUGGAUGCUUGAAGAACACCCUAUAAUACAUAUUGAACACAAUAAGGUGAAUGAUGUCGGUUGGGUUGAUUCCGAAAGUAUCGUGGUUAGCUCUGAUGAAAAGCUAGCUAGUGGAGGCAUGGGGCUAUUCAAUGCAUCCACAGGGGAGUUGAGGUAUAAAUUUCAAGUUACAGAUAAUUUGAGAACUUUAGCUCCAUUAGUCACAGCAAGUACACUAGGUUUUGGCUCAGAUAACAAGUUGUUCUCGAGUUGUGAAAAUGCUGAUGGUUACCCUGGGAUUGGCAUUUGGGAUCUAGUCACAGGUAAGCUGAUAGAUUUCCGCUCUCUUGCGCGUCAUCACUCACUUAGAAAGGCUACCAGGCUGCAAUGGUUACCUGAUUACAAUUGUUUGAUGGCCCUUUAUUUGUAUCCAAAGGUUGAUAUCACGCUGUUUGAAUUUCAACAAAACGCUAUGUGUCAGUUAUUGGCUGAGGAUCAGAACAAACAUUCUAGUACUAUUCGUGAUGCAACAGUGAUAGGGGAAAGUAGUUCAAUUUGUGUAUUAGGCUUGAAUGAGUGUUUGGGUUUCUUGGAUUUUAGAAGGACUGAUACGAGUGUGCAUUGGAGAUAUAAGAAAGAUUCUUCGUCUGGUCUGUGUUUUCCUAAACUGGCAUUUCACAGGGGGGAAUUGUUUUCAUCACUGAACGAUAGUAUUUCGGUGUAUUGUGGUUUUGACUGGCUUCCAACAUCACAGCUUCGAAAGAGUCCUGGUGGUUCGAUUUGUGAUUUUUCAAUUGGUGGUGAGAGUCUUUUCGCUCUUCAUAAAGAUGAAAAUGUCGUUGAUGUAUGGGAGACUCCUCGUCCACCAGUUAUAUGA